AAAUGAUUGUGGCACAAUUCCCCGUGUGCGAGAGUGUACACACUGGGGUCCGGGGAAUUUAACAUCUUGAUUAGUUUGCCAAGAUUUUUGUUAUGCAUUGUCGAAGUGAAUUGGCAAUUUACGUCAGCUCUGUGGGUAACGUUGUUUCUACAGAGAUGUACUACAUGAUCCUUACUCCUGCCGAGCCCUGAAGAACAUUUCAGAGGAACUUGACAGGAACAUUUGCAUUGAUGGACAUCUAGUGUGUUCCUGUAUCUCAGCGCCUCCAUUAAAGAUGGGCUCUGAUGGGUCAGCUCUGCACUGGAUCGGACUGUGGCAAAGAUGUGUGUUGCCAUGGUGAUUAUUCAAGCUAAAACACUGGAAAAGAAGGGAGCUGAUGAUGUAACAUCCAAAGAUUCAAACUUCAAGCCGUGUGAGCCAGUGACCAUGAGCCAGGGGGCAGCUCUCUUCUCCUGUGGAAUCAUGGAGUCAAGCAGGUGGUGUGAGAUGGGCAGAGGCUGUGGCAUCCAGCAGCGUCCAGUGGGCUCCAGCCUGGAGAGCCUGUGGGACGCCCUGCCCGAGAGCUGCCAGAGCCUGAGCGCGAUGCCCUGGGGCACCUCGGGCACCAUCAGCACCCUGCUGCAGGACCUGAGUCUGAGCGAGAGCGGCCCGGCGGCGGCCCACGCCGCCCUCUCCGCCGCCCCGCCCAGCAAGCGCCAGUGCCGCUCGCUCUCCUGCUCGGACGAGCUGGCCGCCGGCUGCCGCUCGCCGUGGCGCCCGCAGGGCUCGCGCGUCUGGACGGCGGUGGAGAAGCGGCGCUGCCACAGCGGCGGCAGCGUGGCCCAGAGGAGCGGGCACUCGGGCGCGGCGCCCGGCGCCUCGUCCGGCUUCCCCGGCAUGCAGCGCAGCUCCAGCUUCAGCCUGCCCACGCGCGCCAACGGCCUGGAGCUGCCCUGCUUCGGCGGGAGCCUCCCCUUCCCCUCGGCCUUCACGGGGCUGCUGGCCUCCCCCACCUCCCCGUCCUCCUCCUCCUCCUCCUCCUCGCCCUCCAAGCCCCCCUGCCCACUCUACCUCUCUCACGAGCAGAUCUGCCUCCCGGAGCAGCCCCAGGGCCACACGGAGGCCUGCUCCUCCUCCGACUCCACCCCGGAGAUGGGCCGGCGCGGCGGGCAGAGUGGCCUGGCGCGCAGCCGCUCCCAACCCUGCGUUCUGAACGACAAGAAGAUCGGAGUCAAGCGCCGCCGACCGGCCGACUCUCACAAGCAGAGGCCCUCUCUGGACCUGGCCAAGAUGACUCAGAAACUGCGGAACUUCCACAGCCUGAGCUGCCCCGGGAUCACGGGGGAGGACGCCAGCCCCGUCCCGGCCACUCGGAGCGCCGGCCACCAGUACGAGACGGCCUUCGCCUCGGUGGGCGACCAGGGCGGGGAGCCUCGCUGCCGCUCAGAGGGGCAGUGCCACGCGGCGGACGACUCCUCUGCCGACGAGCGGGACGCGGACCCACCCGGCUGUGGGCACCUGAACUCAGGGACGACCAAUGGGAAGGAGCGCGAGCCCUUGUGGGCGGGGCUGUGCGAGAGCAGGCGCGACGUAUAUCAGCUGGGUGGAGAGCUGGACAUUGAGCAGAUUGAGAGGAACUGACCAGACGGAGUGACGGACUCAUGAUGUUAUACUUUGACCAAGAGGGACCUUGGGACAGUGGAAGACUCAUUGGCAUGAGUUCUUGGGGAAGUGGGGGACUUCAACACUUGAAUGUGCAGGACUUGACUUGAGGUUGGGGUAGUAAAAUGCAUUAGCCAGAGGUGAACUGUGUUCUAGCCCUGGCGGUGUGACCUCUAGGGACCAGGUGCUUGCUUUAUACUCUUCUCAUAUGGGCACGGGAGAAGGGAGGUGGCUGAGGAUGGGAUAUGCAGGCCCAUUUAUGUAAAGGCUGGUCGUGUGUGUGUGUGUGUGUGUGUGUGUGUGUGUGUGUGGGUGAGAGAGAGAGGGAGUGUGUGUCUCUUUGUGUGUCUUGCUGAAGACCCCUCCAGCAGUCAUGGCCAGGAGAAGCUUUCCAGGGAUUCUUCUAAAAUGUGUCUCGUUUUUAUGGGGGGUCCACAAAGACUUGAGCUCAUUUUCUCUGGCUGUCCCCAAUGUUCCCAGCAGUGAGGGUGUUCUCAAGUGAUGGGAAGAGCACACAGGAGAAUAUUUCCUAAAUCAGAAAGUUAAGUAAAAACCACCACACCCACUGGCCCUUCAGCAGUAAAGUGGUUUCUUCCUUUAUGAGCGUGUGUGUGUGUGUGUGUGUGUGUGUGUGUGUGUGUGUGUUUGUGUGUGUGCAUGUGUGUGUGUGUGUGCGUGUGUGCGCACACUCUGACGGCCUCCUUUAGCCUGAGCAGCUUGCAUACUGGGUGUGGAGAGAAUGAGGUUUAUAUAAAUGACGAUUCCUCCAGAAGUAUGCAGGCAGAUGAUGAGCUGUUUGGAGAAAUCUGUUGACAUAGCACUGAGAUUGUUUGUUUGAUGUGACUGUCAAAAAUAAGAUGCAUGUAGGCAUCUAAGCAUACACACAGGCAUACACACAACCAAAUUUGUGUGCAAAAUAAAUGGGCUUCACAUUUCACCAGUAAUAUCAGGCUGUCUUUUAUCAUUCACCUCCACUGUUGGAACAAGCUAAUAGAGUUUAUUUUAUUUUCUAAAUACAGUUUAUAACAUCAAAAGUAAAGUGUACAUAUAUAUUGUUACAUAAUAAACACCAUUUUAAAUGUG